GUGUAGUAAGGCUGUGACCCGAGCUGUUGUUGAGGUGGCUGUGGGCUGCGCUGCUGCUGUGGCGGUCUAGAUGCGCUGUUUUGUGUCAUAGAGCCACGUGGCUGGAACGACUGAGGUGGUCUAUAGUUCUGGUGUUGAGGGUUGAAUGGCUGAGCAUUGAGCCUCAAACUGUCAGAAUUGCGUGUGUUGUUGUUAGGACCACUUUGCUGCUUCUGAGCUUUCGCUGGCUGAGACUGUUGUGGUGGCUGCGUAGAUGCGCCCCCGCCCGUAAAGAAUGCGUGUGGAUUGAACUCCUUCUUCUGUUUAGCUGUUAUAGUGUAAGUUGGCGUAUCAAAAAUCUUUUAAAAAACACACAAGGCGCAGAUUUCUCUGUCUUAUCAGACUUGUCAGUCUUGUCAGCCUUCUCAGCCUCUGCUGGCUUCGUCUCCUUCGGCUUCGUUGGUGGCUGCUUCUCAGAGAUGGCCAUCUCUCGUUGCUGCUGCUUAGCUUUGGCAGCAGCCGCAUAGUUGAACUUUGGUUGUUGUGACAUUCCCAACUAACCAGAUAACCGUCUUAUAUUUUUAUUAGUUGGUCGCCGUGAAGAACGCUUGUUUGACCGUCUUAUCCAAAAUAAAAAAUUCAGAGAUGCACCCGAUAGAAGAACUCAAACAAGAGAUAGACAAGCGAGGACUGAUAGUACAGGCCAUAGUCGGUGAUCGCUACAAGCAGGUCUUGAAUGUCAGCCAAUCUGUCGUGCAUCUCGAUAAGAGCAUAGAAGAGAUACAGAAUACGAUAGAUGAUAUACGCAGCCUCAGUAGUAGAGAUACUCCGGUCAACAGCUUACCAUCUACCCACAUCGAUCCCAUACCCGCUUUGGUGAAAUUAGUGCACGAUUCAACGGAAAAUAUUUGGCGUCUUAUCGAGAAUGAACAGCAUCUACACGCCGCCUGGCUGUAUUCGCUGGCUAAGAUAACACACAUGCAGCUAUCAAGCACUUAUCCCGACACACUCAACCAACUCGUCAUAUUAAAGUCGCAGCACGAGUCAACACUCCAGCUGAAACCGCAGAUCGUUUUGAAAGCCGUCAUUUCUCUUAUCAAGCAAUCGAUAACGUUUGAUGAUGCUAGAUCUACACUCACAGCUCUUAUCCUCUUAGACAGCCCAUCUUAUGGUCAAUCUCUCGAUAAACUACUCACUCAGCGCACUACUGCUCUCACACAUAUACAGAAUAACCCAUCAGUUGAGCUCAUCAUCAGUCAAUCCUUACAACUCAUCAACGAGACACAUGAACUCGUUCAUAAGCUCUAUAUUCAAGAUGAACUUAGUCGAUAUAUAGGUCAGUGCAGUGGUAACACCGCUGACAUAACUACAAACACCCUCAUUAAUCAGCUGUCUGGUUCUGAAAUUAUUAUACAUAGAAUACCCAACCAGUUGCUCAACUACACGCCAUAUUUUGCACCCUUUGACAAGAUCCCAAAUGAGCAGGUCAACCAGACACUUGAUAAGUGGAUAGCAAGCAGCCUCGACUCCCUGAAGAGUGUUCUGGAUGCUCAGAAUGGUUUAUUAGCUGAUAUUAAUAACAUUUCUGAUUUGUGUCCACUUAGAGCGAUAGUUGAAAUCACCAACAUAGAGCACGUGAAAAACUUCUUUGUUUCUGCUUUAGAAGAACGCUGUCAGGUUAUUUGGAAAGACCUUCACAAUGACUACCUCGAAACCACUCAGACUAAAGUUAAUAAAGCCAUGAAUACCGUCACAAACAUCCCUAAUGCUAAAAACGACCCGAUCAAAAAUCUGCUUGCGCCCUUACCUGAAAAUUUAGAUACCACUACACUCUACACGGAACAUGUACCAAUCGUUAGCGAAAUGCUAACAGUAAUUAAGAACCAAUCGACUCACAUUCACGAUCAAAUUUACGAUUUCUUAUGGGCGCCAAAUACGGCGCUUCAGUCCAAAAAUUUGCUCAACACCUAUCACGAAUAUGCCAAUGGCACGCUUACGAGAUUCCUACAUAACCUAGACAGUACAUUUGACAAAGUAUUGCAAAAUGCAAAUACGACCCAACGCAAACGACAACUUAUGGUAUUCCGUCAUCUCCUUGAAGCGCUUCAAAAAGAGGAGACAAUAGCAAGGAAUAUAAUGCUUAAUGAAGAAACACAACAGCCUGUUUAUAUGGAUGUCAUAAAACGUGUUAAUGAGAAGUGGGCGACAGACGUAGUUAAUGAUAAAGUAGAAGAUGACAGCUUUGUAUGGUCAACAAGUGAGCUCGAUGCGGAUGAGACGCGUUGGAGUAAUUCUUCAGGCGGUAGCAAGAUUCCAGAAGGACCUUCACGACAAUUGAUUGACCUCUUGAGCGGGAUAGCACAUGAUGUCGAGAACAUAUCCUUACAUUUACAAGAUAACAAGGAAUUACUAAAGAGCAUGCUCUCACAACUCUGGGAGAGGAUGUCGAGAGUAUUUGACAAGGAGGAAACUGACGAACGAGCAAAAGUUCGCAAAAGCUUUGACAUUGCAUUCCUAAAUGUCUUAUGUGGUCAUAGCGGAAUGGAGGUCGAAAUGAAGGGUGAUCACACUGAAGAACUACGUGCGGCAGCGUUUGAAGCACUUAAGAAGUAUCAAGUCAUACUGGGUGCACUUAUCAACGCUCCUGGCAUACCUGCUGCGGGUGCUGGUGCGACAGGACGCUUAAACCCGCUCCUGAGGCUAGGGCAACCAGCCAAGAAG